AUAGCACACACUCGCACUUACAGAGUUUUUUUCGUUCUCUUACGCUAGGGUUCGUUUGCUGGAUCAGAUUCGUCGUCUUCUCUAGGGUUUAUCGGAAAUGGCGGACGGACUUGUAAUUUCAGGUUCAGGCUCUGGGAUAAGUGCUGGCAAGGCUUCCUCUUCCUCCGAGGAUCUGCCAGUUCAGGAUUAUGUAAUUGUGUUUGAUGAUGGUACUGUCAACAACCGUAUUUCUGAUAUCAGACCUGAAAAAAUCUUAAUCCGUUUGGAUUGUGAAGCUCAUGGGGAAUCAAAAGUGGUGGAAUUUGUGCUGAAUAAGUCAAAAAAGAUUGAUUUGGCUGGGAAGUUUCGUUGUGAUGUUACUUAUCAUAUCAAAGAUGUGACACCAGCUACUUCCACAAGAGAUGAUUUGUAUGUUCAAAUUCGGAUUAAGGGCAAAGUUGGAGUUAGGCUGAGGGAUGCUGAAUGUUGGUUCAUUGGGACUGUUUGGGGUACUGAAGUCCGUUUUCAAAUUGACCGGAAUGGAAGUUGGAGGAUGGCGGAGCAUGCUUAUCUUGAUAUUGAACCGGACAAUUAUCUGGAUUUGAUUCUGGGGCGAUCUUCCCCUUCCACAUCAGCAAAGAAAACUGAAAGCGGGUCGAGUUUUGAUACUGAAAAAUCUCAUGGUGUUAAGGAAGAAGCAGUAGAAGCAGUAAACACACAAGCUUUGUCUGAUCCGGAAACUUUUCAUUAUUUGAACAAUGAGCCGGUCGAGAAGCAUCCACCAACUGCUUUGGAGUCCUCUGACUCUGAUGUCCAGAGUGAUGCUGUUAGUCAUCCGCCUCCAAUUCCCCUUGCUGAGAGAAUUCCUUGGGUUUCAUCUGUGAAGUUACUGUUGGUACCUCUCUAGUCCUCUAGUCAUCGUUAGAGAGAGACUAUCUUAGUUUGUUUUGAUAUUUUUGUCUCUCCAAAAGAUUUUUGAUGUGGGUUGGUAAAACUUCUGUGGCUUGUUUUGUUUUGUUUAGUUGGUUAAAAUCGGAAGCAAAUUAAAAACCUAUUGUUUUCUUGGUUUGCAAAUAUUUGGAAUGUAGCUAUGUCAACUGCCUUUUGAGAGUUAUACUAGAUUUUUUUUUUCAA